AUGUAUUGUUUGCAAUUUUUAUUACCUGUUCUGCUUAUACCAAAACCGAUUAUUCAUCCGACUUUCUUAAUUGAUCAUGCUCUUUUCCUCUGGUUUUACAUAAUUGGUUUUAUAAUAAGUAAAAGGUAAGCGUAUUCCUUAAUUAAAAUUAGUCAGUUUAGGCCUUGUCAUGUUUGUCUGUUGUUAUUUUUUGUGGCAGCAUUCUUCCUCUGUUACAGCGAUAUGGACAACUGCAGCUUAUAUCCGUUUUGUUCGUCGAAUGUCGUUUAG